CUCUGUGCUUUCGAAUCCCGCUCCGUCACUACCUUCAUCUGCACCUUUUUGACUGCUUGCUUUGCCCUGAUGCUGAAUACCUUUCGACCUCAAGUCUAAUAUCCAAUUUAUACGCUCGCACACCACCUCCGAUUCUCUAUUCUUCCAAAAUGGGCUGGUUACCCUGGUCUUCCGGCGAGUCAAAGAAGAACGAAGCCUCCGACGGCGGCCGCAUUGCCCCAGACCGAACAAGUCGCGCACGCUGCUGGGAAGGCCGGGAUCUAUUCUUUGCUUGUUUAGACAAGAAUGAUAUCCUGGAUGGAAUCAAGGAGGACAAGAAGGCGCGACAGAAGUGUGCGAAAGAGGUCGAGGAGUUUGAGGCUGCUUGUUCACAGAGCUGGGUGAAAUACUUCAAGGAGAAGCGCGUGAUGGAAUACAACCGGGAUAAGACGAUCGAGCGGAUUCAGAAGGAGGACGCGGCCAAGGUGAAGGAAUUGAAGUCGCAGGGCUGGGGAUCUAAGUAAGAAGGCGGUUUGGUUUGGUCGACAGACGGUUUCUGUACAAUAUGUAGCAUAUCCACUCUUAUCACGUAUCCUGAUGAUUCCUUUCAAUGGCAG